CCAAAAAGUGCCGCUGUGAGUUGCCGCAAACGCGCCGAGGCAGCGAUUCCCACGGCCAGACGGUCGUAGACCUGCUCUCCAACGGAACGCCGAGACGCCAUCGACGCGUGCGCGCGCCGGGGCAGCCCAACACCAUGAGCGCCCACCAGCGCCAACCGAGGCACACGCCCCACGACGACGACGACGACGAGGAGCACACUUUGCUCCCCGCCCGCGAUGGAGACACGGACGACGACAUCGACGACCUGAUGAAGCAGCUGCCCGACGAUACGAUACGGGGCGCGCUCGUCGACGCCGGCGCCACCAAGCUCUUGGUACCAAUGUUAAUAGCGGCCUACGCGGUCUGGUACGCGGGCGUGCGCCACCCGAAGUACCACAAACCUCGAACACCCUUGCACCACUUCCCUCCCCAGAGAAUAGUUCAUCAUGCGGACCACCAGCACGAGUUGCGAAGGAGGUGGCUCAAGGCGACGCACGCCAUCGACCUUACUGGAGAGGGUUUCGGGUACACCGACGCCGCGUCCAUCACGAACGCCAUUCUCGAGCACCGUCGAAGUCUGUCGCCGGCGGACGUAGAGGUUUUUUAUAAUGAAGGGCGAUCAGGGAGAAGGCUGAGCGAGGAGAAUAUUACGUGCGUCUUCGGCCAUGGCCAUCGAGCGCCGCCCGACGGCCACCUGCGCCUCCCUCGAAGCUUCUACGAAAGUGCCAGCUUUGGCAUCGCGAUGCACCAUGAUUUGGACAACACCCACGACAUCUUGAGCGAGCGCGGCGAUCUAAGUGAGCUGGAGGCGGCCCUCAAGAACGCGUCGAUGUCCCCACAACCCAGUCGUGUGUUACCCUGGCGCGCUUUACUGGCUGACUCUGAUGACGACGUCGCGGAAGGCUGGGUCGCCCAAUACGAUUUGAGGGAUUUAGAAACGUGGCGCGCGGAGCGGAGAGGUAGAAUGGCGUCCCUUGAAGCCCCAUUGCGCGCGGAGAACGCCGGUGCGGUAGAUGAAUUGUGGAUGGAGGCCGAGCGCCAAAUAGAAAAAAUAGUGAGGCGCUUCGGGCUGCUCAUGUACGUGUCCUGGACGCCCCACGUCUGGGGCCGGGCCCGGCCCGGCGACGUCGUCAUGGAUGAUCUUACGCACGUCCACGUUUUACAAAAGACCGUGCCGGCGCGGUCGGGCUACCAGCACCUGCGGGACCAUGCCGUCGUCUGGGCCAUGUAAGGAGGGGUCUUGUUUAUUUUUUUUCGGGCUGAGUGGCGGCGCGGUGCUCGCGACAUGGCCCGACCCCCAUAAUUUGGUCUCGAGCG